AUGGCCUGGAACGCAAACUCUUAUGAUCACUCUGCUGAGAAGCAACCGACCGCUGGGCCAGCCGAUAUCAACUCACCAGAAGUGAUCCAUCCCGACCACAUACAUCGAGCAAGCAACUACUUGGAGGAACGAGAUCCGAAGUAUUAUUACGAACCCGAAAAGACUCAACAAGUAGCUGUCCCGAUGCCUCUUUCAGUCGACAGCCAAACCGAGAAGGGGGGAGGCAAUGCAGAUGGUGUCCCGAAGAAGAAGAUAUGGGGGAUCCGACGUGGUCUGUUUAUUUCUGCGGUUGUCAUCACCCUGAUCAUAAUUGGGGCGGCUGUGGGUGGCGGUGUUGGAGGGUCGCUGGCUUCGAAGAAGAGUACACCCAAGGAGGCUGCUGUGACGAGUUCCGCCGGCCAAGAAGAUGCUACUACACAAUCUUUGGAAAUAACUUCCACCCCGACGACACCCGCCCCAACUACCAAGUCCCGAACGACUACUACUACCAAGCCGACAUCGACUCCAAGAGUUGAUGCCUCUGCCGGAGCCGAUAGGAAAUCGAUGAUGACGACCUUGGAAACAGUAGUAGAGACCACGACAAGUGCAGCCCCAAGUUCAACCGCUGUUUGCGCAGAAGGAACAGUGGCAGAAGGCGAAACGCAGAAUUACCUCGGACUUUGCAAGUUCUCCUGCGGCUAUGGAUACUGCCCUCCAGGUCCUUGCACAUGCACAGCUUAUGGCAAGGCGAAGCAGGCUCCUGAUGUGAUUAAUCUAGGAUACGUUAUAAUGGUUGUUAUUAUCAAUGAACUCUCCGUCAGCCACAAAAUCAAAGAACAAUGUGAUAAACGUACAACAGCUUUGAACCCAAUCCUGUAA